AUGUUUUUGGCUAAGCAAAAAAGCAAAGACCUGACCUCAGGAACUCUGAGUGAAUUAACCAGAUUUCAAGCUUUUGAAUGCCGUUUUCCUCACCUAAAAAGGCACAGUGGGAAGGUAGAAGUUCACGACCAACCGAAACAACAAUCGAAUUUACUGAGUUUGCAGUAUAUUCCAGAUAGGCAUACGUUAGAGUCAUGGAGGGAUGAAAUGAGGAGAGUUAAGGACUCGAAUCUAAAAAGCUAUUGCUUCGCGGAAAGUUCUUUGGGUUGUUUUGAUGACGAUGGAAUCAAAGGCAUGCUUCGGAUUACCGAGGCAAUAUAUAUUAAGAGAGCUGUCGAGAAAGAACUCGACUGGUUUGCAUCGACCUACCCUCGCCCACUUUCUGUGAUAAGCCAUCCUGCCACUAAUUCUAUCAAAAAGUUCCAAAAUCUUAUUUACGGAGAAAAAUUUGAUAAGCAGGUCGAUGGUCUUCAAAUGUCACCCAAUGAAAUGGCGAAUGUUUGUUGCGAUCGGUGGAUCUCAUCUGAUCAUGUACAUUGGUUGCUUGAUGAUCUAAAUAUUUCACAGAAAAAAACUCUUUGA